AUGGAAGGUUUUGUCACUGGAGAUGAGGUUGGUGAUAAGAAAGAUUUGGAAUUUCAGAAACUUCAUAAAUCGGGCAUGGCAUUUAAAUCUGGUGCCCGAGGAGCAUCUCUGACCAGCAGGGCGACCCCUGCCUGUGCUGCAGAUUGGCUGUACAAGUGCUCCGUGCAGAAGCUGGUGGUGGUCAUCUCGAAUAUUGAAGACGGGGAGGUCCUGGAGAGGUGGCAGUUUGACAUCGAGUGGGACAAGACGGCCAGAGAUGACAGUGCACCCAGGGAGAAGUCUCAGAAAGCCACCCAGGACGAGAUCCGCUUGGUGAUCAGACAGAUCACCGCCACGGUGACCUUCCUGCCGCUGCUGGAGGCUUCCUGUUCAUUUGACCUGCUGAUCUACACAGACAGAGACUUGGUUGUACCUGAGAAGUGGGAAGAGUCCGGACCGCAGUUCAUUGCCAAUUCUGAGCAGGUCCGCCUGCGCUCCUUCACGACGACAAUCCACAAGGUGAACAGCAUGGUGGCCUUCAAGAUCCCCGUCAACGACUGAAGGAGCCGGGGCGGAAUGGAAUCCCACACGUGUGUCCUGAGGCCAGGUCAACUGUGGUUCUUGUUUUGUUCCAUUGAUACUUUUGAGGUGGGGAAACUUAGCCUUGUACUUCACUGCACUGUGCCUAUUGUCCAUUUGUUUGUGCCUGUUUGACUUUCCAUGGGGUUGACAUGAUUUCCAGAGGGUUGACACUGUUCGUGGAAGGGAACCAGCAGAUCAUGUCAGCACUGGAAUGUCACCUCCUUUGAAGGUGGAAACCGGAGAUGGGAAACUUUUGCUAUUCAGCUAAAUGCCUUCCUAAAUCAGAACUUUCAGUCAAGUAGCCUGACUCCGAGUCUAGGUGACUAUGGAACAGCAAAAGAAGUCCGAAUAUCAGAAUCUUUGUUUAGUUCUAA